ACAGGCUUAACGAAAAGAAAAAAAGAACCAACCCUGGCUGUUUGCAGCCUUCCUCAGUUUCUCCAGUGAGAGAAAGGGCUGCUGGAUGAGAGGAAGCACUGAGACGGAGCAAAGCGUCCAGAGGAUCAACUGUGGAUCUUUCCAGGACCUCGUCACAUGGGAGUGCGCGUCCGCACGCGUGAGGGUGUGUUCAGGGCUCCCUACGUCCCUGAGCCAACAUGGCGGCCGGACGAGAGCGUGUUUCACGAACACAGAGGCCAUGGUCGGUGUACCGGGCCAACACCUUCGAGCUUUCCAGCGAGAUGAUUGGCCUGGCACUCGCAGGAAAUAGUCAGGACCCAGACGAGCCGGUUUUGGAGUUCAGUAUCUCCUGCACAGAGCUGGCCACUCCCUCCAUGGAGCGCAAACCCAACAGUUUUGUAGCAGUGAGCUGCACAACCCCACCACAGGCAUUCUGGACCAAACACGCCCAGACUGAAGUCAUAGAGGGCACCAGUAACCCCACGUUCCUCAGCAGCAUCGCCUUCUUCCAGGACUGCAACAUAAACCAGCAGACGCAGGUCAAGCUAGCCGUGUACGAUGUUAAGGACCGCUCGCAGGGAACGAUGUACAUGUUGGGUUCUGCACUGUUUGCGGUGAAGGAAAUACUGCAGGAGAAAGGCCACAGAUUGGAGCUAGAGCUGAGAUCGGCGGAGAAAGAACGGGUUGGGAAGCUUACGGUGACUGCUUGGCAGAUGGAUGAGAAAGCAGAUCAUAGGAUGCCUGUUAGAAGUCUGCCAGAAAGCAUCAAUGGCCGAACGGUGCUGCCGGUCGAUGAGAGCCUGACCGAGUCGAUGGGAGUCCGGAUCAAAUACGCCUCGUUGGGCAAAGAUAGCCUGCUGCGCUCAGUGUUUGGAGGCACCAUGUCCAGGAUGUACCGCUUCCCAACCACCGACGGGAAGCAUCUCCGGGUCCUGGAGCAGAUGGCCGAGAGCGUCCUGUCCCUCAACAUUCCCCGGCAGUUUGUUAAGUUGCUUCUGGAGGAGGACACUGCCAGGGUGUGUGAGCUGGAGGAGCUGGGGGAGUUGUCCCCCUGCUGGGAGAGUUUGCGGCGACAGAUCGUGUCCCAGUACCAGUCCAUAAUACUGGCAUAUCAGGAGACAUUGUCUGACCUCAAUGCAUACAGAGGCCCGUCAUUCAAAGCUAGCAACCUGAAGGCAGACAGGAAGCUGGAAUUCAUGCCGACCAACCUCCAUGUGCAGCGGAUGAGGGUGCAGGAUGAGCUGGGCUUCGAUCACACCUAUGAUGUGAUAACGAUCGGCGCCCCGGCCGCUCACUGCCAGGGGUUUAAAAGCGGCGGCCUCAGGAAGCUCAUCCAAAAGUUCGAGGAGGCGAAGAAACACGUUUAUGAGGAUGGAUGUGCUCUCUCCAGCUCACAGUCCAUCGUCUAUAUACCCCAGGACAUAGUCCGAGCCAAAGAGAUCAUUGCUCACAUCAACACGCUCAAGACUCAGGUCAACUACUAUGCUGAGAGGCUUUCCCGAGCCGCCAAAGACCGAUCAGCCAGCGGGCUGGAGAGGACGCUGGCUAUUUUGUCCGAUAAGACUCGUCAGCUGGUGACGGUGUGCGACUGCAAACUGCUAGCUUCGGCCAUCCAGGCUUUGAAUUCGGCUCGGCCCGAGUACAUUGCCUCCAAAGCGUCCCCUACGGCCGAACCAGAACAAGUGGUCCUCCGCAACGACCAGGACACCCUGCUCGCCAAGUGGAGCGGUCGCAACAGUCGAUCUUCACUGCAUGUGAACUGGCAUGAAGAGGAAUGGGAGAAGGUUUGGGUAAAUGUUGACAAAUCUCUGGAGUGCAUCAUCCAGCGUGUGGAUAAGUUGUUACAGAAAGAGAGGAGACCCAGCAGCAGCAGCCUGGACAGUACCCAGAAUGACCUGCAGGGCGGCAGCGGCAAGAAAGAUGGAAGCCCGAGUGCAGAGGAGGCAUACCCAGGCGAGUGGAGCGAGGCGCUCUACCCGCUCCUCACCACGCUCACCGAGUGCGUCACCAUGAUGAGCGACAAGGCCAAGAAGUCCAUGGUGUUUCUGCUCAUGCAGGACAGCGCCCCCACCAUAUCCAUGGACGUCUCCCUGCAGUACCGCCGGGACGUCGUCUUCUGCCAGGCGCUAACCGCACUGAUCUGCGGCUUCGUCAUCAAGCUGAGGAACUGCCUUCGAGAUAACGGUUUCCUACGGCAGCUCUACACUAUCGGCCUGCUGGCACAAUUCGAAUCCCUGCUCAGCACCUAUGGAGAGGAGCUCUCCAUGUUGGAGGAUAUGAGCAUCAGCGUCAUGGAUCUGCGUAAUGUCACCUUUAAGGUCACCCAGGCGACGGGCAGCUCCGCCCCCGACAUGCUGCCCAUCAUCACAGGCAACAGGAACGGCUUCAACGUCCGCAUCCCGCUUCCGGGCAGCAUGUUUGACGCGUUGCCGCGGGAGAUCCAGAGUGGGAUGCUGCUGCGAGUCCAGCCGGUGCACUUCAACGUCGGCAUCAACGAGCAGCAAACGUUGGCCGAGAAGUUCGGGGACACAUCCCUGCAGGAAAUCAUCAACGUAGAAAGCCUCUCCAGGCUGAACUCAUACUACGAACAGUUCAAAGAAGUUCUUCCUGAGGACUGCCUCCCAAGGUCUCGUUCUCAGACCUGUCUUCCUGAGCUGCUGAGAUUUCUGGGUCAGAACGUCAACGCAAGGAAGAACAAGAACGUCGACAUCCUCUGGCAGGCUGCUGAGAUUUGCCGCCGGCUAAACGGUGUCCGUUUCACCAGCUGCAAGAGCGCCAAAGAUCGCACGGCUAUGUCGAUUACACUGGAGCAGUGCCUGAUCCUGCAGCAUGAACACGGCAUGGCGCCGCAGGUCUUCACGCAAGCGCUCGACUGCAUGCGCAGCGUUGGGACAAGGGAAGGGGUGAUCCAGAAGAACCUGAGCGGCUUGCUGCCAGUGCGUGACCUGCGGCUGGACCCCAGCCUCAUGUACUCCCUGCCCCUGUUGGCUCUCAGCCCCAACCUGCUGGUGGUGUGGAUCUUCCUCAGUGUGGCGUAUUUCUUGGCCAAAGUUCGCUGCAGCUGAACAAUCUGGUCAGGGUCUGGCUGUUUUCUGAA